GUCCCACGUGUUGAACAACAAAUUUUCUUACUUCAAUCAUUAUGUCUGCAGCUGGCUAUAGCUUAUAUAUAAAAGGUUCGGUACUAACUUGGGUUACCCAAACUCAGCUGUGAAGAGAAGCAAAGACUGGUAGUUUCCAUUUGCCUUCUUGCUGCUCUCAAAUUCUUUACCUAUCUUUGUUGCUGAUUCCUUUCCCUUCACCAAGUGAUUCUUGGAAUAACAUGGCAGAGGCUGCACAGAUGCUAGUUUCAGUGAGCCAGAAGCAGAAAGUCCUUGUGACCAACAAACAUGGUGAAAAGCUGGUUGGCUUAUUACAUGAGACUGGUUCAAGGGAGAUUGUGAUAUUGUGCCAUGGAGCUAGAGCCUCAAAGGACCAUUUUAUUAUUGAGAACCUUGCUGUUGCGUUGGAAAAGGAAGGAAUUAGUUCCUUCCGUUUUGAUUUUGCUGGAAAUGGAGAGAGUGAAGGCACCUUUCAGUUUGGUCACAUGAGGAGAGAAGCUGAUGACUUGCAUGCUGUAAUCCAACACUUCUCCGGAUCAAACCAUGUAGUAAGUGCAAUUUUCGGGCACAGUAAAGGAGCCGGUGAUGUCCUCCUCUAUGCUUCAAAGUAUCAUGACAUUCCUACGGUUGUUGAAGCUUCUGCACGCUAUGACCCAAAGAAAGGCAUUGAGAAACUUCUUGGGAAAGACUUUAUGGAGAAGAUAAAAAAGGAUGGAUUCAUUGAUAUUGGAAGUGCAAAUUUUCGGGUGACUGAGGAAAGCUUGAUGGAUCGGCUAAGCACUGAUAUGCAUGAAUCAUGCCUCAAAAUUGACAAAGAUUGCCGGGUGCUGAUAGUCCAUGGAUCUGCUGAUGAGUCCAUUCCAGUUGAAGAUGCAUUUGAGUUUGCCAAGAUCAUACCUAACCACAAAAUACAUAUUAUACAAGGAGCUGAUCAUUGUUACACGUCGCAUCAAGCCGAGUUAGACACAGUUGUUGCGGACUUCAUAAAGGCAGCUCUGCAGCAGGACAAAUCUACUUCCAACUAGCUAGCAGGUACUCUGUGCCUAAUCAUCAGCAUUCAUUUUAUGUUGUGCAUGCUUCUGUGUUUCUUAAGAUUUUUGACCUUUCUUAUCUUAUGAUACUGAAUUCUUUUCCAGAUCUAUUUUCUGUCUAAGAUGUUGAAAUUGUUGUCUUUCCAUG